CGUCCUUCUUCCUGCAGCAGAAGAAGACGGAUGUAGAGCGCUGCAACAGUGCAGCCAGUUAGCACUGACAGCUAGCUAAACUAACACCACACCGGUCAACGUGCUCCACUAUUUCCUACAAGUGUGAACUGCCAUCUUUAUGUUCUAUCCCUGGACAACAAUUCAAUCUAAAAAACUCUACGUCAUAUAAAAAACAAGAUAGAUGCGACCUUGAAUGAAUUAAUCGAGAUGUCGAAGUACAAACUUCAGUAAGCAGUUUACUUCAGGUGUUCAAGCUAACCAUAAAACGAGGAAGGGGGUCCAGUGGUUCUCGAGAGGAUGGAGGGGUUCUCCUAAAGUUUUGCCACCUUCAACUGGGAAAACAUAUCACCCUUACCUGGCUCUGGCAGCAGUCUUGAGGUCGGCACAGGUCGUGGUCUGUUAUCAUGCUACCAGGCAUCCUCCUGUAGGAACAAGGUUCACCUGAUGAUGGCGCCGUGUCGGAGGAAAAGAGCCGUCCACAGUACUGAGCUGUUGAGCUGGAGGAGUAGAGGCAUCAAGGAUGCUGGCACUAUUCUCAGACACAAUAUGAAGAUCCUCAGGGCUAUCCUCCUUCAGGACAACAGAAAUUUCAUUAAAGUCUGGAGUAAGACUUCAAAAUCCACAAUAACAUAUGAGAGUGGAAAAAUCUACUUUGAAAAUUACCAGAGCUGCUACAGCUGUCUUCAUUCACAGCCUCAUGUCCUCUAUAAGCUGCCCAAGAGGUCUAAACUGGAGAAAUUUGAAGAUGCCUUGCUGUGUCAGAGCUCAGUGGACAAAACACUACCCUUCCCUUCUGAUCACAAACCCAGUCUCUUGGCUCUGUCAGCCAAUAACUGGCUGUAUCGUCUCUCCCCUGAAACGGGAGAAGAGCUGCAAAAGGUUUACCUUUCUCCUAACCAUAAGUUCAGGUACCUUGGAUGGGAUGUUGGCCAAGAGAUGUUUUACGUGAAAUCUGUUCAAAACAAAGAAACUUCUCUUGCAAGACAGGCAGGCAUUACCCAGAACACAGUGAUGCAUUUGGCCAUCUUUCGUGUUUUCCCCUUGGAAAUCGUGGGCAUUUUGGAGAUCAACAAGAAGGUAUUUGGAAAUGGUGUUACGGAUGUUGCCCUGUCUCAGGGUGUCCUCAUGGUGUCCCACAGCAACAAGUCAGUGAAGCUGUAUAGCUUUGAGCACAUCCUCAAAACGCAUUUGACAGAGAAGAUAACACUUGGAAAACCGAGUUCACUUCUCGGAGGCAGAACAGUGGGAGAAUCUCCGUUUGGCAUUCCAGUAAAUAUCCAGAUCUCAGAUUGCCCUCCGGUGCUUUUCGAGGUGUCAAGCAAUAAUGGGGUCCAGGUUGGAGGUCAUCCAUGGCAUUACAUCUACACACCACCACAUAAAAAACACCAGGGGACUCACCACAUCUGUUCCCUCAAGGAUGGCAGUAUGGCAACAAAUGGUAUUCAGAACAUGAACUGCUGCUCUCUGGAGAGUGACGGGAUCUUCUUCCACCCUGACGACUCAGGGCGAAUCAUUCAUAUCGGACCGAUCACCAUAAAUGUCCUCAAAAUCCUGGGUGAACUGAACAGCAGUUUGCCAUCAAAGGUUGUUUUGGAUUUUUCCAUGGCAACCCAUCGAAACAACAAUCCUACCUCACAGGUCACUGUCACGUCAUCAGGCCGCACAGUCAAGAGAAGAUUUCAACAGCUGGAUGAUGACCCAGAACAAGAGACUUUCCGUACGGUGGAAUAUGAGGAUGAGCUGGACCUUCUGGCUGUUGUGGUAACUAACGGCGAGGAGGGAGAAGGAAGAGCCAGCAUCCGACUACAUGACAACCUGAGCGGGGAGUUGCUGCACACAGUCGAUCUCGAUGAACCAUGGGAUGAAACUUAUCGACAUGAGCUGGUCUUUGACAAAGACACGAUAGUUCAUAUUGAACAAAAGAACGCCAACUUCUGCUGCCAUGUGUAUAAACUUGAGAGCACAACAAAAUAAGUGGCUGAAAGGUGAAGUAGUUUUGCUGAGACUGUGUAAAUAUCUGUUUCCAAAAUUUGCUUUUGUACUGUAAAACUUGUGGUGCUGCUUUUUACAUCCCCACCAUUAUGUUUUUUCUUGUAAUACUUUAUAAUGAAGUUGUAUCUUUUAAAAUCACUGUAGAGCUCUACACAGUUGACCAUGUUCUGUCACAGGACCUCUUUUUUUCAAAACCGUUUCUCUUAAGAAAUUAAAAUGAUGUAUUUUUCCAAGUUA